GUUUCAGGAGAUGAAAUAAUUCCUGAAACUAAAAUGGAAUUAGGCAAUGGUGUUAUUGAUUCUAACCAAACUGCUUCAAAUGUAUCUGAGAAGAUUCUUGCAGUUCAGCGUGUUGAACCAGAGCUUAAACAUGAUUUGGAUAAUGGAAUAUCAGAUGACAAAGAGGAAAGACAUUCUAAGAAAACAAAGAAGAUAGUCCGUACUGUUGAGGAUCAUCUUCUGAUACUAAAACAGAUGAAAGCUAGCACAAUGUACUCAGAUUUGAUCUGUCCUGUGUGUGAAGACAUUCUCUCUGAUCCAUUAUUUCUGGAUUGUCUACAUUCCUUCUGUUCUCACUGUAUAACAGUCGAGGAGCAGAAAGUAAAGUGCCCAGUAUGCUUCACUGAAACUAGCCUUCCUAGUGGUGAUAUAAGUCUACUGCCAAAAAAUACAGUUCUGGCAUCCCUUGCAGUGAAGAAGAAAAAUUCUGGAAGCAAAGUUUGUGAAGUUUGCAAGCUUAUGGAGAAGGAGGCUGAGGCUAAAGGCUUUUGUGUUGAAUGCAAGGACUAUCUGUGCCAAGACUGCUGGAAUGGUCACAGAUUUACCAAGUUUACACUUAAUCAUGAGGUGAUAUCCUUAGAAGGAGCCUCUGAAGAAGAAUUGGAUAAACAGUGUAGAGAGCAGACGGAACAUUCCAACUGUAGUACACAUCCUGGUGAAGGACUCAGGUAUUACUGUAAGGGUUGUGAAGUGAAAGUUUGCACUGACUGCAUUCUCCUGGAUCACCAAAACCACCCAUGUAUCUCCAUCCAAGAAGCAUUUGAGAAACAGAAGAGAAAAUUGGACCUGUUGCUGAAAGGUGUGGAUGUUCAAAUUCAAAAGAUACGGUCAGAAGAUUUUGAAUCUGAAAUAGUUGCAGCAGAACAGGCAGAGGAAGCUGAGGUUGAAAAAAUCAAAUCAGCUGUCGAAAAGAUUAUCCAGGACUUACGACAGCAAGAGAGAGAAGCUAUUACCUGUGUGCAACAAAAGUUUAAAAGUCUGAAAGGUCAAGGUCAGAAGAGACAAAUUUCAGCACAGGAACUGCUUUAUCAUUUAAAAGAGGCCAAAUCUAUUUGUGGUCACCUAUAUGCAUUGUGUAACAGUGAGGAAUUUACAGCUCUGGAGAAGAUAUUUUACAGAAGACUUAUGGGCAUCCUUAAUAAAAUUGUCAUCCCAGAACCUCUGUCUUGGUUUAAACCUCCUUCUGUUGAAUUAGAUCCAUUGCUGAAGAAUGAAUGCAAACUAAAGCCACUUUUCAAUGUAUGUAAUUCCAGUAAGUGCCAUGAUUGGACAGAGGACAUGCCGUGUGUUGCAACCCUAAAGAAAUUGCGUCAGGACAGAGAAUUGUGUGAAAAGGUAGGACAUCCAGAAUGGUUUAUACAUGAGAGCAGGCUUUCCCAUGAAGAAUUAAGCAAUAUGCCUAUGACAGAUGAGAAUCUAGAUGAUUUUAUGAGGAUGGGUGUAACGGACACAGUAAAUUCUGUAUCCACACAAAGUGAGAGUGGGAGCACAGUAAAUUCUGAGAAUUAUGAGGAUAUGGGGGCCAAGCCCAAAACCACUCCCCCCAAAAAGAAACGUGGGCGAAAGAAGAAGAAAGCAGCACUCUCCAUGGAAAACCUCUCACAACAGGGACAGAUGCCAGAUGGAAUGAUGUCUGGAAGAUAUGACUCAGAUUUCUAUGAUACAUCUAUGUAUGGACAAAUUCCAGAGUACACAGGAAUGCAGGGGGUAUAUAUUGAUCCUUCUCUUUAUCCAUCAUUCCAGAUUCCAAGGGCUGGUUACUUUCCUAGUGCAGGGUAUUUGAUGAAUUCUGCAAGUCUGAAUUCACUUACAAAUAUUUCAAAGAAAGAUAAGGUUGCUAAUACUAUGCCACAACAAGCAAGCAACCCUGUGAAGGCUCAAACCAAAACCUCUAAGGAAAAGGCAAAAGCAAAACCCAAACCUGCAACUGAAGAUACUAAAGGCAAGAAAGCAAAGCCUGCACAAGUCAGGCCUGUUCAGUCAACUGUGUCCAUAACUCCAAAAUGGAGACUUGAUACAAAAUGCUCUGAUGAUAAUGAUGUUCCCUUCCUUACAUCAGUACACCCAAUACAGAAUAAUAAAUUGGUUGUUUCUGACAGCAGUAAUCACAAGAUAAAGAUGUUCUCCAUUGAAGGACAUUUUAUCAAAGCCUUUGAUGCCAUUAAUCCCACCAGUGUUGUCUUUGUAUCUGGAGUGUUAGUCUGGACGUCUGGACACACUGUUGUCAUCAAGGAACAGAAUGAGGAAUUUGAGAAAGUCAUCAACUUUCAGAAGGACUCCAUCCCUCAUCCACUGUCCUGGUAUCCCCAGAGCCAUUUUGUUGUUGCCUGUGGGAACCACCUGCGAAUUUACCAUGUGGACAAGGAAAAACAGAACUUCACCAAGAAGAGUCAGCUCUCGUUUGAGCUUCCAAAGCAGAAAAAGUUGUCCAACAUCUUCUCUGUCAGGGCCAAUGGUAAUGGCAAGAGUAUAGUGAUGACUGACUGGGAUUUGAAGGCAGUGGUGAUUGCAGAUAAUGAGGGCAAGGUCACAGAUAUGUAUACUGGAGAUCGUGGAAAUCCAUGGUACCCAGGUGGGGCAUGUUUUAAUAAUGCUGGUGAAAUUUUCACCCUGGACUACACACAUGACCGUCUGCUUCUACUGAACAGUGAAGGUGAGCUGCAGCAGGAAUGGAACACAGCUCCCACCAUUACCAAGCCCUGGUCUGUGGUCUGUGGAGCCUCCAAACAGCUAUUUAUAACGGGGAGUGACCACUACGUACAUGUCUACCAGUAUUCUUAUGAUGACCAGGCUGCUUCAUCUACACAGUAAGACUGCAUUCAUAUCAGCUUGAAGGAAUAUACAUAGGAAAGACAGGUGGAGCAUUGAAAAAUGUUAAUUUUGGGAUUAGUAUCAAAUUUUGAAUUAUUUUUGGGAAACAAUUAUUGUAUUCACAAGAUAGGAUUUUUUGAAUAGAAACAUUCAAUUUACUUUAAGGACAGAUGAUACAAAGAAACUUUUGUCAAAAAUCUUGAAAAUAACAACUUAAGUCAUGUUCAAAGGAGUAAACAAAUAACUUUAACUGAGUAGAUUUUCAUUUUUAGCUCACCUCAACGAAGUUGGGGGAGCUUAUGUAAUACCCUCGGCGUCGGCGUCCCAGGUUAAAGUUUUUGGAGCAGUUUUCUUUUCAAGUACUUCUAUGGCCUAUAUUAGUCAGAGAUGCAUGGAGGAUGCUUCUAGUGUGUUUCAUUGUACCAGUCAAGGUUUCAGAUGCUGCAAUUUCAGCUAAAGAAUUACCAGGUUAAUGUUUUUGGAGCAGGUUAAAGUUUUUGGAGCAGGUCUCAUUUCCAAGUAACUAUAGGCCCUAUAUUGACCAAACUUGCAUGGAUGAUACAUCUAAGGAUGCACACUACUGAACUUGCUUCGGAUGCUGGAUCUGACCUACAUUUUCUGGAGGAGUGACUAGGUUAAGGUUUUUGGAGUAGAUCUCAUUUCCAAGUAACUAUAAGCCCUGUACAUGUAUUGACCAAACUUGCAUGGAUGAUACAUCUAAGGAUGCACACUACUGGACUUGCUUCGGAUGCUGGAUCUGACCUACAUUUUCCGGAUGAGUAACCAGAUUAAAGUUUUUGGAUCAGAUCUCAUUUCCAAGUAACUAUAUAAGGCCUAUCCCAGCCAAACUUGCGUGGAUGAUGCAUCAAGGGAUGAACAAUCUCAAAACUUGCUUUGGAUGCUGGAUUUGACUUACAUUUUCUGGAUGAGUGACUAGUUUUA